AUGGAUGUUGAUCUCGAUCCAGAUGUAGAAGCCAUCCUCACCACCUUCAACAACCUCAAAUCAAGACCCUCUCGACGCGCCGCAUAUCUCGGAUUGCUAAACCAACUGAGCCCCAAUGAAUGGCGUGACCUGAAAGAUGCCACAAAUGAACGACCCUUUCACUGCGAUGUUUUAACCUCUUUGCCCCUUGAGAUCGCAGGGCAAAUCACCAAGUAUCUGGAUCUUUCAGAGAUUUUCCUCCUCCAGCGAGUCUCAAAGCAAUGGCAGAAACUACUUAGUUCUCAUUAUGUGCGCGAUCUGACUCUCCGGCGGCGGACUGGAUGUGGUCUCUCCCCUACGGAGUCAGAAUCUGCGUUUAAAAAGUCUGUCGAGCGAAGGCUCCGGAUCGAAAGAGGGAAGCCUCUCCGCGUCACCACGCAUGAUAUUUCCGAAUAUGAACAGGAUUAUGAUCGUACUGGUGCUAUUAAGAUGGACUACUCGCACGGGCGAUGCGCGUUGAUCAAACACAGGGCGACAGUGGCUAUCUUCUGUCUACGAGCAGAGAAAGUGGUCAAGCGGUUCGAUACAGAAAACAGAGAGCCCAUAAAUGAUAUUCGCAUUUCAGAUAGCAUGGUUGCAAUUGUAACCUCUCGUGCACGCUGUUAUACCUGGAACAUCCACACAGAAGAGUCAUACGAACCCUUUCGACUCGCGUCCCUGAAUUAUGACCUUUUCAUCAUCAAGGGACAGAAAGUUGCCUUCAACUUCCCCGAAUCCACCGGCAGUUAUGUGAUUCAAUGGUGUCCUCCAUCCCGGACCACUCGCACUGUCCAUCUGCCCCCAGAAUUAGUCUUUUGGUGUCUCCAUCCUACGACAGAUGAUCUGACUUCGGUGCACUUCUGCAGAAAAGAUGGUGGUGAAAUCGAUGAUUGGAACCCCUGCAGUGAGGUUCAACUGCGCAUCAUCACGUUUUCCCCAUCGGGCAAUAACGAGCUCUACCCAAAGUCAUCCAAAGACAUGGACAUCCCUGUCCCUAACAACGACCACGCUAGUUGGAUGGCUCAUAACGAAACAUCAAGCGUGCUACCUUUUCAUAGAUUCGGUUGCAUCGAGCUCGACUCGGAGAAAGACGAUCUGUUAUACCUCAUGGUUUCCUAUGACUCCGAAACCGAUCAGUUAUUCCUACACAAGCACGAAACCGACUUUCAUUUAACUAUGUCCUUCAUAAUCCCCAAAGUGGUAUACUAUGGCUUUAGGGAAAAUCACGCUUACCAACAUAACAUCAUCCGGAUUUCAACUCCCGACGGCGAUCAUCCCUUCCCCGAAGAAUCAACUAUCGUCCUGCCCGCGAGCGAAGAAUAUGUGUUUUGGGGCGACGAGCAAUAUUUCGUGGUGAUCAAUAUAAGUGGCCUAGCGGUCUGGUACUUUGACGAAACUGCUCUUCCUGAUGCUGCACCCGACGAAUAA